UAGAAUUUCCCUGUUCAGCUUUGGAAAUUAAAUAUCAACGACUGUGUUAAAGCAUUUCAUUGCUCAUCUUAGCUGGAGUGUUUCACUUACAACGGCCUCAAAAUUGAUUCACAGAGCAUGGUGUCAACACGCGGUCACAAUACAAAGUACAAAUUUUGCGAUGGUGAAAAGGUGUUGUGCUACGAACCGGAUCCAACCAAAGCAAAAGUUCUCUACGAUUCGAAGGUGCUGGAGGUUUCGGAGGGUAAAGAUAAGCGCGGACGCCGCAUCGUGGAGUAUCUGAUUCACUUCCAGGGCUGGAAUUCCUCCUGGGACCGGAAGGUCAGUGAAGAUUUCAUUCUAAAGGAUACCGAAGAAAAUCGGCAGCUGCAAAAAGAUUUGGCGGAAAAGUCGCAACUAUAUCAGGGUGCGUACCUGUAUCGAAAGGAAAGGAAAAAACAACGAGCCAAAAGUUUAACCGAUCGUAUCGAAAGCCUCACGAACGCAAAAACGCAUCAUGGAUCGUCGGAAGAAGGCAGCUCCUGUAGCAACGGAGGCUUCGGAAGGGAUGACAAUGACUAUAAUAUGGACGAUAUGGACGAGUAUUACAGCAGCUCCGUAGAAAGUACACAGGAAGAGGAAAAAGUGUAUCUGCAAGCUGGCACCAAGUUCCGCAAGCACCUGGAUUUGGACCAACAUUUAAUUUUUGUGGAGAAUAUGUGGGUAGAGCUACCGGCCAAGUUGCCGGUCGUGACAAUCUUGGAAGAUUUUGUGCGAUACUAUACAAUCCGCCAGCUGUUCGAGUGUGGUCAUCAGGAACAAAUGAAGUCUCGCCGACGGAACAGCUCCGCAUUGCGAAGUGAGCAAAAGCUGCGGGACUACGAACAAAUUCGUACGAACGUGGAACUUUGCAAGGAGGUGGCAGAUGGGCUGCGUGUGUAUUUCGACUUCACGCUGAAGGAUUACCUGCUGUACCCUCAGGAGAAGGCCCAGGCGGAAAUUGUUCUCGCCGAAGAAAAUUUAUCGCAGUUUACCUACAUUGCGUCGCAGAAUCUAUCGCUGGAUAUGUUGGCUGUCCGUCUGGAGUCGCCACCGACGGAUCUUCCAGUGGUCGGUGAACAUUCGGAACAAUCGUCCGUAGCCGCCUCCGCCGAAGAGCGUCGCCGGCGACGAUUGCGAUCACACAAGAACGAAGAGAACGAGUUCGUGCUCGAUUUCGCUGCCCUACAGCAGCAGGGUUCCCAGUCCGGGCAGAGCCAACAGUCGGUGGCCCCGGAAUCCGGCGGUAAUCUGUCGCCGUUCGGGUCCAGCUUGAACAUUCUGCGCACCGUUUUGCCACAGAAUGUUACCAUAUCGCGGGAAGCCAAAGAAGUGUUGGAUGAAGUGUUCCGGUGGCGUAUCUUGCCUUCGAACGCCCCGGCCGAACCGUCGAUGAUUUACGGGGCGAUUCAUCUGGCUCGGUUGAUAGUGAAGCUACCGGAAUUUCUUUCCGCCACCACAAUGUCGGACGAGAAGCUCAAACUAUUGCUGAAGUUUUUGGACAUCUUUGCCGAGUUCAUUGAAGAGCACGAGGAGUGGUUUGGAAAACCAUUUUAUUUUAGUGCAAAAGACAGCGAUGAUGUGUGAACGAAAACAAAAUUUCAUUGAAUGAAUACUAUUUGCACGUCGAACUAAAUCGUAACGCAUAAAACUGAAUAGAAAUAAAUGUGAC